AUCAUAUCUCACAAGAUAUUCCAGUAGCUGUGAAAGUAGUCAUUUUUUGCAUUUCAUAUUAUUGUACUGUUUUGUUUGUUUUUGACAAGCAAUGUGGCGGAGUCCAUUUUCACAUGCUUCUGUUGUUGAUCAAAUCAAAAACCCUAUUUGCCAUUCAUUCAGCGAUAUAUGAUUGAGAAAAGACAUAAGUACAUAAAGGUUUCUAUAAAUGAGUCAUUAUUUGAGGAAAAUCUCGUGAGAUUCUUUGAUUAUGUCAGGACAGUGUUUUUGCAGUCUCCUGGAGGUAGGCUGUGAUUGUGUUACAUGAGAAUUCAGCCUUUCUAAGCAACACCUUGCUGUUAGCUUACAGGAUUCUGGAUGUUUGGAUAAGAUAAAGGGGAUAAAAUUUUGACAAUUUAUGUUCAGACUCGGUUGUUUUCCAACAUAAACCAGUAAAAUUGUGUGGAUAUGGAAAGUUCUGGAAAAAGAGUUAAUUUUUGUGUAAUAUUUGGGAAAAAAAAGAUUUAAAAAAAAAAAAAAAGGCAUCUGGGUUUUGCACAGUUUGGUAGAUUCAAUUUCAUUUAAUAAGCAGAGGUAUAUCGAGUUCAUAAUGGUUUUGUAAACAGACAAUAACAUUCACGUGAUAAAGUAAAUAUUAGCAUUAGAUUAAAUGCACCAUGUGUUCAAUCACAGCAAGUUAAGGUGUACAGGUUUGGACAUACGCUUCCCGUUAGAUAGACAUAUUAUAGUUUUAAUAGUAUCUCUAUUUACAAUUUUUGCUGAAUUAAAAGACUUAAACAGGAGAGGCCUUAAUCUUGUAUGUGGUUAGCACAGGAUGCCAGCUGUGAGCUCACAGGCUGAUAACCUCCCUGAUAUCCUGAGUGUAAUAUGCAAAGAGUAUCUCUGACAGAGAGAGAGGACCUGAUCGAAUCCCUUGAUACUGAAACUGUCUAUGAUUACCUGAUCCAACAUGGUGUGUUAGGCCAGGAGGAGAAGGAAAAAAUUGAAAAUGGGAAGAAUAAAGUGCAGAGAAACACAGCCCUGUUACAACUGGUGGAGGGAACAGGGAGCUCUGCUGUGGCCUUGUUUAUUAAUGCUUUACGACAGUCUGGUCAGCUUCACUUAGCUAGUUCAUUAGAUGAGGACUCCAGGAUUAAACCCAUCUAUGGUUCAGGGUACCUUGGCAAAGACAGAUACAAAGGACAAGUCACUAUCAAUGUGGAAGUUGACCGGAUCUUUGGGAUGUUUCCUACGUGGGAGGAGGGGGAUGACAUGGAGGAGAAGAUGGGAGAUACUCCAGAAAAGGAAAGGAGGAAAAAAGAGGGGAACAAUCCAGUCCUCACUCCUCGUAGAGCUCACAAGUCUUACGAAAACAUGACAAUGAUCGGAGAAGAUUGGUCCUCCAGGGGCUGGAAGAUCAGGGAAUAUGCAUAUGAUGAAAGUGAUGAUGAGAUGCCAUCUUGUUGGUGCUUCUGCAGGAGAUCAAAAGCAAAAAAGAAUUCCACUCCUGCCAAAAGAAGGCUUAAGUAUGAGGUGAAAAAGGAGGUGAAAAGGUCGCCAUCUCCUGUGAAACCAUAUAAAGGGAGUGAACUCCCAAAAAAUUUUCGACAUGAGGGUCCAACCAUUAUUCGGUCCAGCAGUAGAACUAGUUUUAUUUCGUACACACUCUCCACAGAAGCCAUCAAUGUACUGAAGGAUAGCCAUGUUUUUAAUAGGAUUGGAAGUGUAGAAAAUGUGCAGAACAGGAAAACUUCAAUUCAUCAAACUACAGAAAAGAUUGAACAAUUUGAUCCCACCAACAAGGAAAAUUUGGGCAACCAUAACGAUAUUUAUAUAAACAAUGAUCAGAAAAGAAAGCGAGAGAAUUUAAACCUGACUCUGCAUGGUGAGAAACCUGUGGAACAUUGUCUAAUGUGGAGACACAGAGGGCCAACCUUUGAGAAAUUUGUUGAAAGGUUCUACAAAUCCCUGACCAGUGCUAUGAACAUGUCCAUCAUUAAGUACUUUGAACAGGAGAGGGGAACUCUUGUUUUGCGUGUGGACAUGGAGAACUCCCUGGUUGUGUGCAAUAUUUGUAUGACUCCCAAACAGGUGACUGAUGUGUGUGUUAAUUUAGAAGAUGGCAGUCUUUUGAGGGUGUUUGAAUCCAUUCUAGUGACCAGUGAUAUUUUGGAGGAUUUAGCUGUGCAUCAGAUCAAGCUCCGAGUGGUUAUUGAUAGUGAUGAGCUUGCCCUUGCUAAGCAGGAAUUAGCUUGAAUGGUCUUUUUAUGUUAAACUGUUUGUUAUGCUUGAUACUGUUUGAAGUAUACAAGGUUUUCAUAUACAUGUAUUUUAAAUGUAUUUUGAGUUAAGAAAAAUUGAAAAGUCAGGACAUGUGAUUUAAUUAAGUGUAUGCAUUAUUUGUAUUUUUAGAUUUAUAUUUUAUUCAUUCAAAUUUACUUAUGAAAAUACUGGUGAACUGAACUGUUUUUAGACAUGGCAUUAUCAUAAAAACUUCAGCUAGUCCCUCUUGUAGUGGUACAUACAUGUAUGUUUUAAUUGUGUUUGUUCUUUCUUUUUUUUAUGUAGCAGUUAUUCUCUUUUUCAUUUCAUUAUACUUAUGCAUUGUGUUUUGCAUAUUUUACUUGACCUAUUUUCACUUUAUAUUGAGGGUGUCAGUCAGGUAAUCUAUGACAUUACACCACCCCCCCCCCCUACCUAUUUGAUAACUUUGAUUUUCUAAUUUUCACUGUUUAGUAGAUAUCAUGUUGAAAUUACCUUUCAUACACAUUUUUGCUCAUGACUGUAUAUUCAUAGGCAUACUUUGUAUAACUCCAUGUUAUUCGUCUUCACUCUAUGGUUUACAUAUGCUUGCAUGUAGAUGGUGGCUGGAUGCCAUACUAAUAUUCAAGUUUUCAACUAAAGAAAGAAAUUUUUCAGUGAUGUUAUACUCAAUAGCUCCAUGAUUGUUAACUCUAUUUACAGACUUUAACUGUGACAGAAAAUUUGUUUGAAUCUUUUAUCAAUACCAAGGCAUGGAAUGUUUCUCAAUACUCAGAUAGGUUUGUACAAUAGCAGUACAUAUAGAAAUUAGAAAAAUAUUAAUGUUUUAAUAUUUAAUGGAUAAUAUUCCAUUUAUGUAUUAGAGAUUAUCUUUCUGUAGACUUAAUGAAGUUUGAUCUAUAGAAUUUUUAGAAAAUUACAUAAAAAUCUUUAUUAUUAAAGAAUAUUCUAAAUGUAGCAUGAAUAUCACUGUCUCUCCAUGUUCAAUGCUUCAAAAUGGUAGAUUUUACAACAAAAGCUGGCAAAUGAAGUCUUUUUACAGGAAUGCUAAUGAUGAAAAUAAGUAUCAAAUGUAACCAUAAGUAUCAAAUGUAACCAGUUCAUUUAAAGUGGAUAGGGACCAUCCACUGAAUUUAAAAUGUUUUAUAGGCUUUAAAGAAAUGAAUUUGACCAAUUUUGAAACUUUUUUUCUCACCCUUCCCAUUUAGAUACAUGUCUUAUCUAACAUACCACAGGGUGUUUAUAAAACAACCCCAAAUUUACUUUUUUGUUAAAAAUAACACAGAAGUAUUUGCAAUUUUUUUCUGAAUUUUAAUUCUUAGAAUUAUAUUUUAUUAUCAGAAGGGAACAUUUUGUACUUAACAAGAAGUGCCAUAAAUUUUGCAUACUUUUUCUGCUAACUGUAUUUUACCACAUUGCAAUGUUUGCAUAUGAAUACUUUUUGAUACAUGUAUUGAAGUUCUGUAUAGGUUUGCAGUUGUCUCAUAAUUUAGUCUACGCAUCUUGUUUCUGUGUCUUCCAUGCAACUUGUCCAUUCCAGCUUCAAUUUCAAUGUCAAUUCUCAAAUAGUAUACAUGUACACAUGCAGUCAAAAUUGCUCACACUUGUAACCUUACCUGUUGUGAUUUUUGCUGUUUAUAUAUAAAUAGUAGAUUAUUGUGAUCAUAUAAUUUUAAAAAUCCAGUUGAAUACCUCUGCGUCCUAGUUUUAGCUCCCUGAUUUUAUUGAAUGAUGUCCUUUUACAACAUGCCCCUGCCCCCAGCCUGGUGCUUUUCUGAUUUUAUGAUGUUGUAUAUACAGCAUGUUUGUGUGAUCUUGCUAGAUAUAGAGGUUCUUUUGAAGAAAAAAUACAAUGUACAUAAAUGAAUGCCUAUUAAUAUAUUUUGAAAUAAAAAAAUUGAUAAUUCA